AUGCGUAGCAGUUUUGUCUGCUAUAGUAAGGGACGUUCCCAGAACGGAAUAAGUGAAUUUGCCUGUUGCUCUUCACUUAUUUUUGGUCGAGCUGCUCAAGUGUCGCGGUUAGUUCACCUGUUCACCGGCACUCGGGUCUCUACUCGCUGCGAGGAAAGAUUCCGUGCUCCACCUGUCCGCGCCAUAACAGAGCGACUUCACUUACAGUCCAAGCCAUAUAUAUUUGACCGUGUAUUCCAGUCAAACACAUCCCAGGAGCAAGUAUACAACGAUUGUGCUAAGAAGAUUGUCAAAGAUGUACUUGAGGGAUACAACGGUACAAUAUUUGCUUACGGGCAGACAUCAUCUGGAAAGACGCACACUAUGGAAGGGAAGCUUCACGACCCAGAUGGAAUGGGGAUUAUUCCAAGAAUAGUACAAGAUAUCUUUAAUUAUAUUUACUCUAUGGAUGAGAAUCUUGAGUUUCAUAUUAAGGUGUCGUAUUUUGAAAUAUACUUGGAUAAAAUAAGGGACCUUUUGGAUGUUUCAAAGACCAAUCUUUCUGUUCAUGAAGACAAAAAUAGAGUUCCCUAUGUAAAGGGUUGCACAGAACGUUUUGUAUGUAGUCCAGAAGAAGUUAUGGAUACUAUAGAUGAAGGAAAAUCGAACCGACAUGUAGCAGUUACAAAUAUGAAUGAACACAGCUCUCGAAGUCAUAGUAUUUUUCUUAUUAAUGUAAAGCAAGAGAAUACUCAAACAGAACAGAAACUAAGUGGAAAACUCUAUCUUGUGGACUUGGCAGGUAGUGAAAAGGUUAGCAAAACUGGAGCAGAAGGUGCUGUGCUGGAUGAGGCUAAGAACAUCAACAAGUCUUUGUCUGCUCUUGGAAAUGUCAUCUCAGCUUUGGCUGAAAGCAGUACUUACGUUCCAUAUCGUGAUAGCAAAAUGACCAGAAUCCUUCAAGAUUCACUAGGGGGUAACUGUAGAACCACUAUUGUUAUUUGCUGCUCUCCAUCUUCAUACAAUGAAUCUGAAACAAAAUCUACUCUUCUGUUUGGCCAGAGAGCAAAGACCAUUAAGAACACAGUCUGUGUCAAUGUUGAGCUCACUGCAGAACAGUGGAAGAAAAAGUAUGAGAAAGAAAAAGAGAAAAACAAGACGCUGCGUAACACCAUACAGUGGCUAGAAAAUGAACUCAACAGAUGGAGGAAUGGGGAGACUGUACCUGUUGAUGAGCAGUUUGACAAGGAGAAGGCCAACUUAGAAGCUUUUGCAGUAGACAAGGAUAUUACUGUUAUUAAUGAUAAACCAGCUACCACGAUUGGAGUAACUGGCAAUUUCACUGAUGCUGAGAGAAGAAAAUGUGAGGAAGAAAUUGCCAAAUUAUACAAACAGCUGGAUGACAAGGAUGAAGAAAUAAAUCAGCAGAGCCAGCUGGUAGAAAAACUGAAAACACAAAUGUUGGAUCAGGAAGAGGUGAGUUUUGCUUUUGUACAUUUAUUUUGCUUUUCUCUGACUCUGAGAUAUUCUUAAUGGGCCAAAGUUUAU